UAGACCUGGUUCAAUGGAAAGUAGGUCAGUCACUUUCACUUGUUAUUACACGGGCCUGCUGUAAUCAUUUCGCGUCGUACCCCCGUCCAAGCCGGCCGUUUUUCGUCCAACCCGCUCCACUGGGCCAGUGCCGCGUCGUCGUCCGCUCUCAUCGGACGCAUUCUCACUUUUUCUCUCUUCUUUCUUUCGCGAGUGCCCUCAUUGGAUUACUCUCGCCGAACUCUCUUGUGUUGUAUCAGUGCCUUAUUAUGCUCUUAUGCAGGUGACAAACAUCUCUCGUAGUUCGCGUCCCUUAAGAAAUGUUACUUGACAUGGAAAACCAUUCGACGUUGUUGUCUUUGAACAUGUCCCCCUUCAGCGCGUCGCAGGGGGACUCGCCCGUCGCCACCCAGGCCUCCAGCCCCCUGAGCCACUACGGCUCGCCGCCCCUCACCACCGCGUACGGCAGCUGUCAGCAGGCGACGAUGGUGGGCGGCAUGGGCCAGCACCAUGCCGCCUCCAUGAUGAUGGGCCAGACCAUGGCUAACCUGGACACGUCCUAUCUGUUUUCAGGCACGCAGACCAUCGCGGGCCUGGACGUGGGGGCCGCCUACCAGAUCACCGGCGGCCCGGCCACCUCCCUGGCCGGGGGCGGCGGCGACAUGCCCGACACCAAGGACGGGAUCGAGGAACUGUGUCCGGUGUGCGGCGACAAGGUGUCCGGCUACCAUUACGGCCUGCUCACCUGCGAGUCCUGCAAGGGCUUCUUCAAAAGGACCGUGCAAAACAAAAAGGUGUACACGUGCGUCGCCGAGCGCAGCUGUCACAUCGACAAGACCCAGAGGAAACGGUGUCCGUACUGCCGCUUCCAGAAAUGCCUGGAGGUCGGAAUGAAGCUCGAAGCUGUACGAGCAGAUCGGAUGCGAGGAGGAAGAAACAAAUUCGGACCCAUGUACAAGAGGGACAGGGCGCGCAAACUGCAGAUCAUGAGGCAAAGACAGCUGGCUGCGCAGACGCUCAGGGCUGGUCAGCUGGCAGGUCCAGAAGUAAUGUAUAACAGUCAACCUGGAACGUCUCCCUUCGCCAAUAUUCAUAUUAAACAGGAAAUACAAAUACCUCAGGUGUCUUCGCUGACCUCGUCCCCCGACUCCUCACCCUCGCCCAUCGCUGUCGCCCUCGGCCAAGUCAGUUCCCAGAUGCAGAUGCCCCCCGGCACCCAGCAGCCCGCUCUCCAGAUCGUCGGCGUGCAGGGCUCCGCGCCCCCCAACGCCAGCAUCGAGCAGAAGCUGUGGGGCGCGGCCAACUCCACCACCACGUCGCCUCACUCCCUCAGCCCCAAGGCGUUCCAGUUCGAGACGGUGGUACCGGGUGGCGGAGGCGGCGGCGGCCCCCAAGGCAAAGUCUCACCCCUCAUCCGCGACUUCGUGCAGGCCAUCGACGACCGCGAGUGGCAGAAUUCGCUCUACGGACUCUUGCAGAGCCAAACGUACAAUCAGUGCGAGGUGGAUUUGUUCGAACUCAUGUGUAAAGUUUUAGAUCAGAACUUGUUCUCGCAAGUGGACUGGGCGAGGAAUUCUGUCUUUUUCAAGGAUCUCAAGGUGGACGACCAGAUGAAGCUCCUUCAACACUCCUGGUCAGACAUGCUGGUCUUAGAUCACAUCCACCAGCGAAUGCACAACAAUCUCCCGGACGAAACCACCCUCCACAAUGGCCAGAAAUUCGACCUCCUCAGUCUCGGUCUUCUGGGGGUUCCCAGUUUAGCGGAACAUUUCAACAAUAUAACCGCCAAACUACAGGAACUCAAAUUUGACGUGAGCGACUACAUCUGCAUCAAAUUUAUGCUGUUACUUAAUCCAGCAGAAGUCAGAGGUAUCACGAAUAGGAAGCAUGUUCAAGAUGGCUAUGAACAGGUGCAACAAGCUCUUCUCGAAUACUGCGUCACAUGUUAUCCUCAAGUGCAGGAUAAAUUCAACAAAAUGCAAGGCAUCCUUCAAGAGAUUCACACUUUAGCGACGCGAGGAGAGGAACAUCUCUACCACAAACACUGUAGCGGUUCGGCCCCCACGCAGACACUGCUCAUGGAGAUGUUGCACGCGAAGCGGAAAUAACGGCCACUCAGAGGUCCCUCCUAAACCUACCCUACCACGUUACCAUAUCUGUGUGCAAUAGCGGCUUCUUACCAUGAAAAGUGUACAUAAUGACAGAUGAAAUCUCAUACGUUGUUUAUUUUUCAAAGAAAAAGACAGUUUUCGUUUAGUCGUUCGAGUCGACGAUCACGCUGUCCACUGAGGGGACAUAGGCUAGUCACUGACCCAAUCUAAUCUAUCGAGUUGUUCUUGAUGUUGUUAAUAAUGCUCCAAAAGUCAAACACAAUCCUGUGGAUAUUACGUUGAAUCGACAGAUUAGUUUCAGCGACUGGCCUAUAAUAGGACAAAAAAAUUCUAGAAGUGAUGCCUUCACUAAGUACAAAUGGCCCUUGGGGCGGCACGAAACAUUUAUCUUUUUUUUGUAAUUUUAACUUUUUACUUAUGUUUAUCUUACUACUUAACGUCCACAGUACCGCCGAUGCAACUUUUGUUUUCGUCGUUUAUCGUCAUGAAACUGAUCAAGCAAACUGGUUUCAUGUUAGCAUGUAGCCUAAUGAGUUUUGUUUAAAUGUGAUACUAGAUAGAGACACCGCCUCAUAUAUAUAUAUAUAUA